UUUCUUUCUUGUCUGCCUUCAUUCAUUUGUGUCCUCAUUCUCCCAUCACCCCUUCAUACUUUUUGUACAAAUUACAUUGCAUCUCAUCCCAUUCAAUUCAGGAAGAAAGUGAGCAGGACGCCUUCCCACAUUCAUUCGAAAACAACCUCAUCUCAUAUAGCAAAGUGUUCACCUUAUUACUACCAUUAUUAUCAUACACUUCACGUCCUCAUAGCAUCUAGCAUAUACGCAUUAGACCACCCAACUCCAACUCCCACGCCUCACAGUGUUAUCCCUGUAUACACGCCAAAGUUUUUCUGAAACAAAACGCUGUGCGACAAAUAAAAUUCAGGAACAAGGAGCAAUCUUUCACCGCAAUUCCCUUUAUCCCUUUAAUAUCUUCUAUACACCCAUCGACUGGGAAACCUCAAGAGAUGCCAUCUCCAAAUUCCCUGGCCUCAUCGCGGCCUAUAAACUCUUCCUUGCGUCGCUCAAGAAGAUCCAUUUAUCUUAUUGUCGCUGGAUGCUUGAUGACAUGCUUGUCUGUGGCUCGAGCCGAUAUCCUUUGUUCUUCCCCCAACUCUGGGUCGUUUGAAGCUGGACAGCCCUUGGUUUUAGAUUGGAGUUCGGAUGCUUCCUCACCAAAGGUCGCAGAUAUCGUAUCGAUGAGGGCAACCCUCGUUUGCGACACUGGAGUAUCGAUUGCAAACACAGAGAUCACAACGUGGGCAUCCCCUUUUACCUGGACUGUACCCAACGUUGGAAAUGCCACCGUUCCUGGAGGAACCACAGGCACAUGUCUGAACAAUUCAUUCCAUGUCUUCUAUGAGGGUGAAUACUGGGCCGUACGAAAUUUUUUCAAGAAAAGCUACAGAGCUGAAUGUAAAAGCAUCACCAUCUUGCCUGCUCCUAACGUUACGCCAACGACCACCACCUUGGCGCCCACCACCACCACCACAUCAGGCACUACAAGUAGACGAGCCUCAAAAUCGGCCUCAACCUCCGCUUCACCUGAAUCCACUGACCCAUCCACUCCUGACAGUGAGGAUUCUCAACCAAAGACGUUUGUCAUUGUGAUCGUAGCUAUUAUGGCAGGACUGGUACUAUUUCUGGUGGCGUUCGGGACAUGGUGGUACCUUCGUAAACAAAGGAUUAAGCGGAUGGAAAAUGCAAUCAUGCCUUGGUCAAGCCAGUCCAACAACCAGUUCUCCAAAGUGCCGUCAAUGGAUGAGGGACAUCGCGAUGCUGGAGUUUCUAGCCCUGCGACCGUAGCUGGUGUUGUUAGUGGCGCUGCCGUAGCAAGGACUUACACUAACAAGCCCCAACCUCAGAUACCACAGCCAACCCAUGGAUACUACCAAGAGGGUGGUCAUAAAGGUUAUGGUCAACAGGGUGCUGGAGGAGGAUACGGAGACAGCAACAAUGGUUAUGAUGCCCCACCAGAGGAUGAGUAUUAUAAUCCGUACUAUGCUCAGGGAAGAAAUCAAGGUUACGGACAAGGCCAUAUCCCUGGAGGCAUGAAUACAGCAGAUCAAUACCAUGCUGGCUCGUACCAGCAAUCGUCCCCACCACAGCAACAUCAUCCUGGAUAUUUUCCACCCCCACCCCCCGUCAACGCUAAUGCACAUCCAAUGAGUCCAUCCGUAAAUAUGAGUCCCACAUCAGUACCUAACAACAUCACCACCACGACCUUGAUUAGCACUGCUACCACUUCCUCAGGACGAUCACCACAGGCUAUCUUGCCUGAGAAGGGUCAUCCAGUGGAGGAAAAAGGAUAUCAGGAGAUUCCCAUGAGGAACCUUGGUCCAAGCUCAUAGAAACCAUCAAAGACCCUCAUUCUACCCUACUCUCUCUUUAAUCAUGACAGCUC